GUUCGUGUCUAUAUACAGCCAAAAUUGCAGAGAGAGAGAGGGGAGGUUCUAGAGAGCGAAGUCUUUGAGAAGCUCAGUCCAGUCCUCUUCUGCUCCCCAGACUCUGAAACCCUAACCAGAGCGGAAGCGAGAGAAAGAGACGAUUCUUCAUCUCCGAAACCCGAAAGAAGGAUCCGGACUGAGAUCAUAAUGCUGAAGACAAGAACCAGUUCUCUGUCUCAACACAAAGAUCAAGCAGCAAUGUCUCAGUUUCUUGAUCCCAAACCUGAGCCUCCCAAAACCAUCACCAACCCUCUGGGUCUCCUGAUCGGUCUGAGCAAAAAGGAUCUAUCAAGUUAUGAUUCUGUCAGAAGCCCUACUUCUCCACUGGAAUUUAGGGUAUGCUCAAACUUGACGGAGCCUUUCAUUAGGUCUCCGAGAUCAUCAUGGCAGAAUGGUCAUCAGUUCAACUGCUUGGGACCCGCUAAAGUUGGGUUAAGCAUCGUGGAUUCUCUUCACAAUGAUCAAAAUUUGUCACGUGACGUCAUUUUUGGAGCGGCUGUGAGGAUCAAGACCCUCAAGAAUCAGGACAAGAGUCCUGAGUUCGAUCACGAACCCAAGUCUUUGUCCGAAGGUUUCCCCGCGUUGCAGACGACCAAGGAGAUCAAGAAUGCAACAUCUGGUGUUAUUUUUGAAAUCGGUGAAGACCCUUUUGAGCCUGAGCCUGUAGGGUUGAAAAACCGAUAUUUUUCUUGGGGUUCUUGUAGGUCUUUGCCAACAGGAUCUGGUUUAGCAUUGUGUGGAACUGAUUCGAGUUCCGGAAGUGAUUGUCUGAGGAAAACCCGAGUUCUGUCUCGUUCCAAGCUGGGGGAAGAACUCAGCAACUCGAGCCACCUUUUAGAUUUGAAACCGGAACCAAAAUCUGGAUCAGUUGUCCCAGAUACCGGAUUACUUGGUUCUUAUUCUUCUGCAAAUGACAUUGAACUGCUAGAAGAUUACACUUGUAUCAUCUCACACGGUCCUAACCCGAAAACUACUCAUAUUUAUGGUGACCAAAUUUUAGAGUGUCACAAUAACUUGAACAAGGGAGGUUUUUGCGGUAAUAAGGAGGAUCACAUUCCAACCGAGCCAGACUCCCUGUUUCCCUCCGAUGACUUCUUGAGCUUCUGUUACUUCUGCAACAAGAAGCUGGAAGAUGGGAAAGACAUAUACAUGUACAGAGGAGAGAAAGCCUUUUGCAGCGUGGAGUGCCGUUCAGAGGAGAUGCUGAUGGAUGAGGACCUGGACGUGAAUCUAAACAUGCCCGAGCCUCCUACGAGACCCUGAGCACGAAACAAAACAGACGAUGUGCGGGAAGACAUGCUUUUUGGAGGAACCCGAUAUCGUCUUCACUACCAUAAAAGACUAAUCCUUUCUUCAUCAAUAUUGGUAUCUGAAAUCUCUCAGUAGAAGGUGGGGAAAACUAUGAAAGAACCGUUCAUCCGUUUACAAAAGAGCUGUCUUUAUGUGCAUCUAUUAGCAGCAGCAGCAGCCACGGAUGAAUCGGGUUUUUUUUUUUGUAAAUUUUUUGGUAUGAAAUGAGAUGCGUUUUUUGACAUUGGGGCUCUUGUAAUGUUAUCAGCAUACUGAAAUAAAAGGGUUUAGGGCAAAGUUGAUGUGGUUAUUUAUUUCCCCCCUUUGAGUUUGAGAUC